CACUAUAUGUUAUAUUGGUGUUCUUUUGUACUUCUGAACAUGUCCUUGUGACCUUACGAUAUAGGUUGUGCCUACUUUUGUGGUUAAUUGAAUGGGCCUUUUCUGGUGGUACAGGCUAACCGAAAAAGGAAGCAGCAUUCGUCAUCUGGUCCUGCUAAUAGUACAGGUACUGGGAAUACGGUUGGCCCUUCUCCAAAUUCACCACCGUCAACACAUACUCCUGGUGAUGCAAUGGCCACGGCUAGCAGCAUGCAGCAUAUCAGCAGUGUUUCAAACAGCUUGAGGAUGUAUGGUGCUGAAGGAACUAAUGGCAUUGCAUCAUCUACUAAUCAACUGGAUGACUUGGAGAACUUUGGAGAUAUUGGUUCCUUGGAAGAUAAUGUGGAAUCUUUUUUGUCACAUGAUGGGGGAGAUGGAAAUAUAUAUGGCACAUUGAAACAGACUCUCACAGACCACAAGCCCGAGCCUUCCAAAGGGUUUUCCUUUGGGGAAGUUGGAUGCAUUCGGACGAGGAAUAAAGUGACCUGCUGUCAUUUUUCUUCUGAUGGAAAGUUGUUAGCUAGUGCUGGGCAUGACAAGAAGGCUGUAAUUUGGAACAUGGACACUUUGCAAACUGAGAUGACUCCAGAAGAACACCAACACUUAAUUACUGAUAUUCGGUUCCGGCCAAAUUCAACCCAGCUUGCAACAGCUUCAUUUGACAUGUCUGUGAGACUCUGGGAUGCAGCUAAUGCGGAUUAUUGUUUGAAUGCCUACACUACGCAUACUUCACAUGUUAUGUCCCUUGAUUUUCAUCCCAAGAAGAAUGAUAUUUUCUGCUUCUGUGACAGCAGUAAUGAAGUUCGUUACUGGAGUGUUUCUCCAUUCUCGUGUACUAGGGUGUCCAAGCAAGGGGGAAGUGCUCAAGUAAGGUUUCAACCUAUAACUGGACAUCUUCUGGCAGCUGCAUCAGACAAGGUGGUAUCCAUCUUUGAUGUUGAGACUGACCGGCAACUACAUUCUUUCCAGGGACAUUCUGGAGUAGUGAACUACUUAUGUUGGGAUCUAAACGGCGAACUGUUGGCGACAGUGAGUGAGGAGAGUGUCAAAGUUUGGUCAUUGGGCACUGGUGACGCUAUUCACGAAUUCACUGCCAAUGGAAACCAAUUCCAUUCUUGUGUUUUUCAUCCAAGUUAUUCUGCCCUCUUGGUCAUUGGAGGAAAGGGGUCCCUGGAGUUGUGGAACAUGGUCGAGAACAAGAGCAUGACGGUCCCAGCCCAUGAGAACAUAAUUGCAGCGCUGGCACAAUCUCCUCUGACCGGAAUGGUUGCUUCGGCUAGCCAUGACAGCUCCGUCAAGUUAUGGAAAUAAGAAUCCACACAUUUUCAACAUAUAUACCCAGUUGCUGAUGAUGUGAUGAUCUUUAGGGUGCCUGCCUACUUCUUGGAGUAUUUACAUUAGCUGCUUAUAGUUACAUAGGCCUGAAGUUUUUUAUUAAAAAAAAAAAAUUAACUGAGAGCUGAGUGAGAUACUUCGUGGGUGGGGGAAGGGGUAGAGGGAGGUGAAUGGAGGGAUAUGGCCUCUAAUUUAUGAAGUUGUAAUAGUAUCAUUGAAACAAAAACUACAAUAACACCAAGGUUGACACUAUCAGGCUAUUUACCUUAGUGUCAUUCUUGGUGUUAUUGUAGCAUGGUCCUUGUUGAAAACCGUUGAACCUAGACGAUGUCCUUUGGUGUAAGACUUUGUGUGUAGCUUAGAUUCAUACAUUGUGGAUUUGGGGUAAUUCAUACAAUUUAUUGUGGCAUGUAUUUAGCUGAGUGCUUUGUGCAUUUGGGGUGAUUCAUACUCCAUACAAGUUAUUGUGGCAUAUG